CUCUCAGGCCGACGGUAUAGCAUGGCGGACUUGACGCAGCCGGACAGCGAGUGGGUGUUUGACUUUAUCAUGAACCUUUUCCAGUCGCCUGCGUGGGAGGUCCCGAUCAUGAGUUUUAUCGACGAGAACUGCGCAAGCUUCGACACGGACGACGAAAACAAGUUCAUUUACACCGACUUGCACCAGCAGUUCCGUGACGUCGUCGAUGGCGUGCUCACGGCAAACCUCGCAGAAAUCGGUAUCUCGGCCGCCGACUUCGCCGACAUAUGUGUUCAGUGCCGCAACUCGACCGAGAUCAGCAUGGCUGUCGUCAACCAGAUACUCGCGAUCGAUGAUUUUCUCACGUUCAAGAAGCUCAUGGUGAAGCGCAACCUUGAGCUCGAGCUCGAGGUCAUUACGGCCGUGCGCGAUCAGAAAGAAAAAGCCGCGGAUGAGGCCCGUGCGACGCUAGAAGCCGAGACGAAAGAGGGCGAGUGCAAGACCAUGGAAGACGACGACAUGGACAUCAACGACUAUGUCGAAGACUACUGGAUGGAGAUGGAUCUACUCUACAAGCAAGAAGAGAUGGAGCAAGCAGAGCUAGAGGCUGCUAUCGCGCUUUCGAUCGCUGUCGAAGAGGAGCGGUUUCGGCUGGCGUCGAUUCAAGCAAAAGCGGCCGAAGACAAGGUCAAGCACAAGACAGGUCUCGUCGACAUGGAGGUGGCGGAACAAGCCAUUCUCCGCGGAAAGGAGCAAGCCGAGGAGGUCUUUCGUCGCAACAAGCAGGUGCUUGCGGAGAAAAAGGAAAAACACAAAGAGUUCCAAGAGCAGGCCGAAAUCUCGGAUUUUGAGAUUCGAAAGCGAGCCGAGUACUUGAAGGCGCAGCGCGACAAAAUUCUUGAAAAGAAGAAGAAAGAGCGCGACGCAAAGCUUCAGGACUACCAAAAAGAGUUGAAGGUCACCGCGCCCGAGCCGCCCACCGCACUGCUGGAGCGUAUCCAAGACGCACCAAUUGACACUGGUGAAUCGAACGCAGAGGAGCGUCGGAAGGCACUUCGUAUUGCUCUGGCCCGACGCAUGAAACAGGAUCUUAUGGAUGCCUCCGACGAUAAAGUUGCCAACCAAAAGAUUCAAAUGACAGACCUCGAUGACAAGCUCAAGCGCGUUGAAGAAAUGCGCAAGGUCAACCAAAAGAAGGAAGACGAGACCUUGGCGGAGCUCUCCAAGCACCAGAAGCGAAAGCAGAAGUAGCGGGGAUAAUGCAUCUUCCAUCGUGUACAGCACAAAUUCAUAAAUCUAACAGAAGAGUCCCGCGUAUCAAGACUA